UUGGGGCUACAAUUUAAAACACGGACUUUUUAUAUCUCACUACUCCUUUUCCAAAGCACUUUCACUAGAUUUCUUUCGAUGGAAACUACGAGCAAACGUCGACGGAAGCAGGCCAAAACAUCAGUCUUUGAGUCUGAAGAGGUUAGUAGUAUUGAAUGGGAAUUCAUUAACGUGACUGAACAAGAAGAAGAUCUCAUCUACAGAAUGCGUAGACUCGUUGGAGAUAGGUGGGAUUUGAUAGCUGGACGAAUACCAGGACGCAAAGCAGAAGAGAUAGAGAGGUUUUGGAUAAUGAAAAACUGUGAAGGGUUUGCUGAGAGAAGAAGACAGAGUAAGAAAAGGAAUUCAUAAAUCUUUGGUGAAGGAUUGUUAAUGCCUAAAAAUAUUUUCUUAAUUAUUUGGUUUAACCUUUGUAAAAAAAUUUUAAGGCUCCUAAUUAAUUAGGAGUCUUUUUAAUUAGUUAGCAUAUUUUCCUGAGCAAUACACCAGCUUCCAUUGAUCAGUGGUCUCUUGUUCAAUUUAUGAUUCAAUUUUAUUAUAUAUUCAUGUAAGUACACAUUGGAAUCUUC